GAACAAUUUCACUUUUCCUCCCGUCACAUGCGGAUCGGUUUUUCUGCACUCUAAUUCCACAUGACUGAAACAAUGGAUUUGUUCAAGUCGAGGUUGUCGCCGGCGUUGGACAUUGGAGCAGGCUGUUACCUGCUCUUUGUUGCCGUGCUGUCCAUUGUGGGGAAUCUGAUGGUGCUGCUCAUGGCAUACAAACGGUGGUCGAAGAUAAAGCCUGCCGAGCUGCUGAGUGUGAACCUGGCACUGACGGACCUCGGGGCUGCUGUGACAAUGUACCCGCUGGCCGUGGCGUCAGCCUGGAGUCACCACUGGCUGGGGGGAAACGCGACAUGCAUUUAUUACGGACUGGUGGGAUUCUUCUUCGGGGUGGCCAGCAUCAUGAACCUGACCAUUUUGGCUGUUGUGCGAUUCAUCGUGGCCUUAAAUUUGCACUCUCCCAGUGAGAAAAUCAGCUGGAAGAAGGUGAAGAUGCUGUGCUUGGUAACGUGGCUGUACGCUCUGCUCUGGGCUCUGUUUCCCAUCCUGGGUUGGGGACGCUACGGUCCAGAGCCCUUUGGUUUGUCCUGCUCGCUUGCCUGGGGCGAGAUGAAACAUGAGGGAUUCUCCUUCGUCAUUUCCAUGUUCUCCCUCAACCUUGUCACGCCGUCCAUUAUCAUCAUCUCCUGCUACUUUGGCAUGACUAUAAAGCUCUACUUUGCCUAUAGGAAGUCAAAUACGGACAACCACAGGCUGCCGAAUAUCAUCAGGAUCAACCGCAGGAUGCUUAUAAUCUCAGUGUUGAUCAGUCUGGGCUUCCUGGGAUGCUGGGGUCCCUACGGCCUGGUCAGCCUGUGGUCGAUAUUCCACGACAGCACAAUGAUCCCCCCGGAAGUCAGCCUGCUGCCAUGCAUGUUCGCCAAGAGCUCCACCGUCUACAACCCACUCAUCUACUACUUCUUCAGCCAGAGCUUUCAAAAGGAGGUGAAGAACCUGAGUUGGCUGUGUCCGGUGUCCAAGCCGUGCCAGGUCUCCAACAGCGUCAAUGACAACGCCAUUUACAUGAUCAGUCCUGACAUUAAACCCAGAGUGGACCCUCGACCGGCUUUCGAAUUUGGGGAAAUGAACACCCUGACAAACUAAGUCAGAAAAUUAGACCAACAAAAGUACUGAGACAACUUGUUCAAUACGAGACAAAAUUAAAAAUAAAUAAUAUAUUUAUACAUGUACAUAAGAAUUUGACACAUUCACUUUAUUAUACACACAAACACACACACAGCAAUAAAUUGCACAAUUUUCACCAGGUAUUUAUUACCUGUACGGGAAUUAACGUGUUAUAAGAUGAAAGUGUUUUUUAAC